GCAACUGCCAAGAUAGAGAGAAAAUGAAAUAAAGCAGAUAGCCAGAUAAAGCAAAGAGGGGCUGGAAAAAAGGUGGGAAAAGAAAAUGGUAGGAAAGAGGAAGAAGGGGAAAUGGUGAAUGAACCAUCAAUUUCAUGUCUCUCUUCCCCUGCCUUCCAUCCAUUUCUCAACUGCGGCUUUUCCUUUAAAAUCUUCGCUCCUAACUCUUCAAUCGCUAAAUCCAGUUCCCAUUUGCAGGGGGCGUCCGCGAAUCCAAUCCUUCCUCCAAUAUUUAGGGUUUUGAAUUCCUCCAUUCUCCUUUUGUUUUCCUUUUCGCAUUCAUUCAGCUCGGCUCUCCUUGGAGAAAAAGCUGAGCUGCUGUUGACGGUAUAGUUAGGCCAGGGGAAUCUUUGUUCUCUUUUUUGCCAUCCCCUUGGCCUUUGUUUCUGUUUCUGUACAGAGAAUAUAUAAAAGGAAGCGUUGGGUUUUCCCUCUAUCUGAUUCUGAUCCAAUUGGAGGGCUUGGUUCGUCUCUUCUUUUGACUUGAAUUCUCUGCUCCCGAGGUGUUCAUUUAUUUCUCCCUCACUCUCUCUUUUAACAGAAGGGGAAAACAAGGAAAGUUGGCUGCUUUACUUUGUUUUCUGCAUUUUCAUUUUCGUUUCUUUUAUUUAUGGGGUUUAGAGAGAGAAGAAAAGGGGACGUGGGAAUGCUGAUGAUAAUGAUGUGGUGUAGAUAGAGAUAGAGAGGUAGAGAAAGACAAAGAGAGAGAUAACGGAAAGAGAUGUUGGCAAUGGAGAAGGAUUUUGAUUCAAAGCUAAGGGUUCAGGGCGGCCGUUCUGUUACUACCACCACCACCUCUUCCUCUUCUGCUGGUAUUAACAAUAAUGCUAAUAAUGGGUAUCCGCCGAGAUCUAAGAGUUUUGCGUUUAGGGCGCCCCAGGAGAAUUUCUCAAUUCAGGAUUUUGAGCUGGGCAAGAUCUAUGGUGUUGGUUCUUAUUCAAAGGUGGUGAGGGCCAAAAAGAAGGAUUCUGGAAUUGUUUAUGCCUUGAAGAUCAUGGACAAAAAGUUCAUCACAAAAGAAAAUAAAACAGCUUAUGUGAAGUUGGAAAGAAUAGUGCUUGAUCAAUUGGAUCAUCCAGGAGUCGUUCGCCUGUAUUUUACUUUUCAAGAUACAUUUUCCUUGUAUAUGGCACUUGAAUCUUGUGAAGGUGGAGAGCUUUUUGACCAAAUCACUAGGAAACGUCGUUUAUCAGAGGAAGAAGCUCAGUUUUAUGCGGCGGAAGUUGUAGAUGCUCUUGAAUACAUACAUAAUAUGGGGUUAAUUCACCGAGACAUAAAGCCGGAGAACUUGCUUCUGACAGCGGAUGGACAUAUAAAAAUUGCUGAUUUUGGAAGUGUGAAGCCAAUGCAAGAAAGCCGCAUUACUGUGCUGCCAAAUGCAUCUUCCGAUGAUAAAGCUUGCACAUUUGUGGGCACAGCCGCAUAUGUGCCUCCAGAAGUUCUCAAUUCUUCCCCUGCAACUUUUGGAAAUGACCUAUGGGCACUUGGAUGCACAUUGUACCAAAUGCUUUCUGGAACUUCUCCCUUCAAAGAUGCAAGUGAAUGGCUUAUAUUUCAAAGAAUUAUAGCCAGGGAUGUUAGAUUUCCUGAUCAUUUUUCGAAAGAAGCUAGAGACCUCAUAGACAGAUUGUUGGACACUGAACCUGUAAGAAGACCAGGUGCUGGCCCUGAUGGUUAUGCAGCUCUCAAGAUGCAUCCUUUCUUCAAAGGGGUUGACUGGGAUAAUUUAAGAUCACAAACCCCUCCGGAACUCGCUGCUGACCCAACAGCACAGUCAAGUGAAGGGGUUGAGCCUGAUUCAUGGAAUCCUGCACAUGUUGGUGACUGCUCGGCCCCAAAUGAUGGGAAUGUUCCUACUGCUUCAUCCUCAGCUGAUGUAUCUGGUCAUGUAACACGUCUUGCCUCAAUUGACUCGUUCGAUUCUAAAUGGCAACAGUUUUUGGAUCCUGGGGAGUCUGUAAUUAUGAUCUCUAUGGUGAAGAAGUUACAGAAGUUGACAAGCAAGAAGGUGCAACUUAUCCUCACAAACAAGCCAAAACUGAUCUAUGUGGACCCUUCAAAGCUAGUGGUGAAGGGAAAUAUAAUCUGGUCUGACAAUUCUGAUGACCUCAACAUCCAAGUCAUCAGUCCUUCAAAUUUCAAGAUCUUUACGCCAAAGAAAGUACUGUCAUUUGAAGACGCGAAACAAAGAGCAUCGCAGUGGAAAAAGGCGAUUGAGAGUCUUCAAAACCGGUGAGAAAGUCUUAUCCCAUCUGUCGCAGAAGCCAUUUGUAAGUUUUGAAGUUGGUACAGAGUACAGCAUUAACAUUAGAUGACAGAAUGGUAAGGUGGGAGAAUAUAUAUUCCCGAUUCAAAUUGAAGCAUCCCACAAAAGCUAAAGCUUCACUAUUAUUAUUUCCCCCCGAAAAUGAAAGAGAUCACUACUGUUUCAAGUGCUGAAAGUUGUCUCCCUGAAGUUACUCCUAUCCUCUCCUCUACCCUCAACUAGGGAAGCUUUCUGCUGCCACAGUUGUUUUUGGUUUGUCUAAAAUGCAGGGGGAUUUUGUUUUGGCAGGAAGGUGGCCCAAUGGGAUAUGAGUUUCCUGUUUUUCCUUUUGUUCUUCUUUUUAACUCAACUUGUUACACUAUUGUAUUUAUGUAACAUUACAACAAGGCCUCAAUGGUAAUAUAAUUUCAGAUCAGGA